UCUGUUAUAUCUUGACUACUUCGAGUUCGCUCGUACUGUCUGAUAAAACGGGUUUGUCCGUCACUUUCAACAAAUUAUCCUUCCAGGAAUACUAAGAUGAUGCUUCAACAUCAUCGCUAAGAGGGAAAGAAAUAGUAAACGAGGAACCAAGGCUUUCAAUUUUCUAAUUUGACACUCUUUACAACAGGACUAUAUCGUCUCUCUUUUUUCUUCUUUGGACUUGAAGUAGACGCAGUGCUCUGAGUCUCCUGUAAAUGUGGGGCCGUUUUUAAAAGCAACUUUUAUAUGCUUCCAUGCUUGAAAGAAAGCGUCUCGCAGCCCUUUUCUACUACUGGCGGAAUUGCGAGCUGACGUUUUAGGAAUAGGAAUGGCCACUUUUUCUCCUAUGUAAAGCGUGUUAGAUAUAUAUAUAUAUUUUUUUUUUAAUUAUUUUUUUCCACGUCCACCUCUUGGCUUACAGUGCUGCUAGUUGUGGACACACGAGCGCGUGUUGCGCAUCAACGUUGGCGUCAAUGGAUCGUCACUUCAGUUUGAUUUCCAUUUGGCUCCAACUGGAACUGUGUGCCGUGGCCGUCCUUCUCACGAAAGAGAUCGUCAAGUGUGCAGCGGAAAACCAUCCAAUUCCACAUAAUUGGUCCGAAAAUGAAUUAUUCACAAAGACAAUGUAUCUUUGAUCAUCAAUCUAUGCCAGUGAGGUAUGAUAGGCAGAAGGUCCAUUAAAUGCUGGCACACAAGAUGGCAGAAGGAGAAAUAAGGUGUUACUGUGACGCGCCGCACUGUGUGGCCACAGGCUACAUGUGCAAGUCUGAGCUGAACGCCUGCUUCACCAAGGUGUUGGACCCUCUCAGCUCAAACUCUCCCCUCACACAUGGGUGUUUAGACCCCAUCAGCAACGCCGGCGACAUCUGUAGCAACCAGAGGGGCUCAGACGCCCUCACCGGUGCCGCCACUCUGGACUGUUGCCACGACGACAUGUGUAACUACAGAGGCCUGCAUGACCUGGCACACGCAAGGGACUCCACAGAUCAUAGAUCAUACCAGCCAGAGAGCAACAACAGAAACUUGGUGACACGAGUUCAGGAGCUAGCCUCAGCCAAGGAGGUGUGGUUCAGAGCGGCGGUGAUCGCCGUGCCCAUCGCGGGUGGCCUCAUACUAGUGCUGCUUAUCAUGUUGGCGCUGCGUAUGCUGCGCAGCGAGAACAAGCGGCUGCAGGACCAGCGGCAACAGAUGCUGUCGCGGCUUCAUUACAGCUUCCACGGCCACCACACCAAGAAAGGCCACGUGGCCAAGCUCGACCUGGAGUGCAUGGUGCCCGUCACGGGUCACGAGAACUGCUGUCUGACUUGUGAUAAGAUGAGGCAGACGGACCUCAGCAACGAUAAGAUACUAUCCCUUGUCCACUGGGGGAUGUACAGCGGCCACGGCAAGCUGGAAUUUGUAUGACUUCCUGUCCAGGAGCACACCUCAAGUGUGGCAGACGUUUUUUGUUUUUUUUUACUCUGGAAAAAAACAUUCCCAAAUGUUUCUCCCAUUGGACUGUUGGGUCUGUGUUUUCAUUUAUUUUUACCAGUGGCAAAAAAUACGAGACUGAUCUCAUGCCGUGUGGUUUUUGCUAGAGGAGCACUUUACUUGAAAAAUGAAAAGGCAAAGCAGCGAGGAGCCGUGUUUAAACCCGAGAGGGCCGGGACUGUGAGGUGGAGUGAGAGCACCCGAAGAUCCUGGACUUGUACACUGAGCGCUGAAGGAUUCCACACCGAUCUGAAUUUUGCACAUUUGGAUAAAAAAACAAAAACAAAAAAAACUAACACUGACACCAGGGUACAGACUUGUUUGAGGCGUUAAAUUGACUGUAGGUGCGCACACUCCUCUGUGUACGUUCAAGCUUAUUGUAAAGAUUUUGAAAAUAUAUAUAUAUUUUUUUGUCUGAUUCAAAACUGACCAGUGUGUCUUGUUUUAGAAGAAUGUUCAGCAUCGCUCUGUGUGAUCAGACGUUAAGCUUGAUUGUGAGCGUGAAAGACUUCAUUAAAAGUGACUUUUUAUUUAUUUGA